UGCCGCGGGGUGGUGUGGGGAUUGUAGUCCGUCCCGUUUGGCCCAGCAGCGGCACUGUCCCUCAGCUCCCAGGUCCACCCCAGUGGGCACACGCUCAGGCGGCGCUCCUACCCCGCGCUCCCGCCCUCUGCUUUCCAUUCCAGCCGCCACGAUCUUGGAAGCUUUGAAGCCCAGCAAAGAAGGGAAAUCCACCGAGAACAGUCUGUAAAGGAGCAGUAAUCAGGCAGGAGCUGAUGCCCCCAAAUGAAACGGAACAGCUAAGGGGACAUCCUCUCGGUUACAUUGGUGUAUUCCUGCAGUGUCCCACUUCCUUCACUUUUAUAGAGGUAGGUUUCCUGGGACAACUUGCUCGGUCACUCCUGCAAAAACUCUUCAUCUUGCACUGAGGACACCAAGGAGGCAGCACUCGUGUGAAAGAUUCACUGUGAGACCAUGUCAUUUAGAUUUGGCCAACAUCUCAUCAAACCCUCUGUGGUAUUUCUCAAAACUGAACUGUCCUUCGCCCUGGUAAAUAGGAAACCCGUUGUACCUGGCCAUGUCCUUGUGUGCCCUCUGAGGCCAGUGGAGCGCUUCCGUGACCUACGUCCUGAUGAAGUGGCCGAUUUGUUCCAAGUGACCCAGAGAGUAGGGACAGUGGUGGAGAAGCAUUUCCAGGGGACCUCCAUCACCUUCUCCAUGCAAGAUGGUCCUGAAGCUGGACAGACUGUGAAGCAUGUACAUGUCCACAUUCUUCCAAGGAAAGCAGGGGACUUCCGCAAAAAUGACAACAUCUAUGAUGAGCUCCAGAACCAUGACAAAGAGGAAGAGGACUCCCCAGCCUUUUGGAGAUCUGAAGAGGAGAUGGCCGCGGAAGCUGAGGCGCUACGUGUCUACUUUCAGGCAUGAAAGUAACUCAAACAAAUCCUAAGGCAUACGGAAAUGGUCCUCGCUUUUCUGGACUCUGCAGCAUUGGAAAUGAAGCUGAGCAGACUUUAUUACAUCCCACAAUUCUGCAGCUUUUUGCAAAGCAUUUUAUUGCACUAGUGGAAGCCACUAAGGUUAUGUUUCAAUCACAAUGACUGACAGGCUAACUUCACAAACAGUAGCAUAGACUGCCUGCCACAGUUUCUCAGUUAUGUACUUAGAAUAGGACCUUUUCCAAAACUGUCCCUUAGCCUAGAUGAAAAUAAAGUGAUAGCUAAAAUA